AUGCAACGUGACGAGUGCAUUUACAACUUGAUUCCCAAGCCAACUGGAAGCACCUUUGGCUUACGCGGCAAAACAAAGCUCGAAGGUGCAAACCUCGGCUGUUCGGAACAAAUGGACAAACCUGCUAGCGCUCGUGGCUUUGGUCGUCUACAAUCAAAACCAGACCCAAAAGCUUUUAUUCGAAAAGGUGAACGAAGUAGCACUGCAGUUGUUAUAAAGAAACCGGCCAAGUUCAGUUACUCUGGCCCAGCUCGUCCUCCGGUUGUCAAAAAGGAUGACAAGCCUAUAAUGGGUCUGAAAUCUGCCAAAAACUUCCUCACGGCUAAUGCCGUGGAAAAUAUUCUUGCGGUUCCGGGAUCACGAGCUCGUGUCAAAAACGAUCCGCCGAGAUACACGCAAAAAGAAGACUAUGGCAAAGUACCACGAUACUUGAGUCAGGUGAAGAAUGAGAUCGAGCGAGAAAACUCGAUGAUUGAGGAUUUUGUUCGGCAAAAUCAAACCUUAAAGGAAGACGAGGGUCGCGAACGUCUCGAAGCAAUGGACGAGAACGAGCGAUUGGCACUUGUAGAUGCACUGAAGUCAAAAUGGGACCACGUGAAUUCUAAGUACCAAAAACUUUGUCACAAUAUCGUCUUUGACACGCUUGGCAAGGUGCGACGAAAAGAGACGCUUGAGAAAGAGCUCACUCAACUUGAAAAGGAUAUUCAGCUGCUUGAAAAGGGCCACAUUGUCAUCAGCCAAAAUAAUGAACGCCACUGA